AUGACUCGCAAGGUCCAGGUAACCAUUGCGGCCUUGUCGACCCUGAUCAUCUAUGUUUCCCUCAAUAGCUUAGCCCGCGUCCUCAAGCCAGCUUCCUUUGUCUGGUACGCCGAAGACCGGGAGGAAGCGAGCUGGAUCGCAAGCUCGCGCUCCUGGUUCGAUCGCAAGAGCUGUCGCUGGCUUGGCGUUUGCGGUGCCGCACAUGCACACUUCCAAACCGCCCACGUCCCCUUCGGUCAACGGGAAUCGGUAGAGCGAUCAGAGGGAGAGCUUAGCGAGGCUGAGCCCUGGCGCUCAUUUUGGCUUGGCGGGGCUAAUCAGUCAGAGUGGGAUGCUGAGGAGCGGGCUAAGCGGGAGAUCCCCGACUAUGUGUUUGAUUACGCCCCACUUGUCCACCUCUAUUCCGGGGAACAGUUUUGGCCCGGUGAUAUCGCGGAACAUUUACACCAUACCACCCCCAUGCUCAAUUACACUCCUAUCCAGGCCCAAUGGGAUCAUCCGACUCUAGAAAAUUUGGAUCAACUCAACCAGUGGGUUCCUCGUAAUGUCUACUUGACCAGCAAUGAUAAUGUCCAGACCCGUCCAUCAUGGCUGGAAGGCGACAAGAAUAUUCCUCAACCGGUUAAAGGUGGAACGAAACAGUCAUGGGCGGAUUGGGAUGGCCGAGUAGAUGGACAAAUUCCCGGUGACACAACAGAAGAUCGGGCCAAGUGGUUUGAUCUGAGUCAAAUUGACCGCGACGAUGAUGAGGAUACCCAAGAUUCGAUGCAACAAGAAUCAUCCAAAGCGCAAAAGUACCUUCACGACGAACUACGAAAACGAUACGCCGGCAAAAAAAUCGAGGAGCCUCUCCCGAACGAAGUUGGAGGCCGCAGCGAUGCCCCCGCAAUCCUACUGGUAAUGGACAAAGGACACGGAGUCGUGGACGCCUUUUGGUUCUUCUUCUACAGCUUCAACUUGGGCAACACAGUUGCAAAUGUCCGAUUCGGUAACCAUGUCGGCGAUUGGGAACACUGCCUCGUUCGAUUCCACAAUGGUCAACCCAAAGCCUUGUUCUUCAGCGCCCACACAGCGGGCGAGGCCUAUAGAUACGAAGCAGUGGAGAAGAUCGGGCAACGGCCUGUUAUUUAUUCCGCUGAGGGAAGUCAUGCAAUGUACGCUACCCCAGACGUACACCCUUACAUUCUCCCAUGGGGUCUACUCCACGACGUCACGGAUCGAGGUCCACUCUGGGACCCCUUACUCAACUCGCAUGCAUAUACAUAUGACCAUGCCAACGACACACUCCGCGCCUCCACCGCUACCCCCACAUCCCCCACAGAAUGGUUCGACUUCAGAGGCCACUGGGGCGACAAAUUCUACCCGCUAGGUGACUCUCGCCAGUACCGUUUUGCCGGACAAUACCACUACGUGAACGGGCCUCUUGGACCCCGGUUCAAACACCUCCAUCGGAUCAAGGUAUGCCAGGGCCCUGAUAGGGCAGCCUGUGUCAUCAAAGAUUGGAUUGGUGAGCCAGGACGAAUCCCACGAUGGGGUUCCACUGGGCCCGGAGAGUGA